AUGUCAUCAUCAGGUUUGCAGAGACGUCGUGGAGCUGGUAAGUCAUCCACUCCAAAACCAAGAACAUCAGACUCGUUUGAUGAAGAUAGAACUGCUAAUUCCGGUGUGGGCCCUGCCUCCUCGGAAAAUCACCACAAAAUUGGCUACGAUUCCCGUGAUAUAGAAGAUCGCGAUACCAAUUUAAAAAUACCUCUUUUGACCUUGAUGGAAGAAGUAUUGUUGAUUGGCUUAAAGGAUAAGGAAGGAUACUUGUCGUUUUGGAAUGACAAUAUCUCAUACACUUUAAGGGGUUGUAUUUUAUUGGAAUUGGCUUUCCGUAAUAAGAUUACUUUGGUUAACGAUCCAGCUAGACGUAGGUUUGAAUUGAGCGACCGUUUGGUUGAAGUCAUUGACAGUGAGCCCACCGGUGAAGUUUUGCUUGACGAAGCCUUGAAAAUAAUGAAGGGAGACGAAUCCAAUUUGUCGGUUACUAACUGGAUUGAUUUGUUAAGUGGUGAAACUUGGAACUUAAUGAAGAUCAACUAUCAAUUGAAACAAGUUAGAGAGAGAUUAGCCAAGGGCCUUGUAGACAAGGGGAUUCUCAGAACUGAACGUAAAAACUUCUUUUUGUUUGACAUGGCCACCCAUCCAGUUGCUGAUAAGUUAUCCAAGGAAUUUAUCAAAAAUAGAAUUUUGAACUUGUUGGUACAAAGAUCCGUUGAUUUAGAUGCUGUUGCCAACGACCAAUUCCCUAAGGAUACUUCAUACAGAUACUUGAGAUCAAUUUCCUUGGUAUGUGGGGCAUAUGCUGCUAAUGUGUUGGAAAAUGUGUUAUUGUCUUUGAAUUACGAUAAGAGAGACCAAGCAUUUGCCAGGGCUGAUGAGUUACUUAAUGACUUCAGCGAAUAUCCAUUCAACCUAAGACAAAACCAAAGCCCAUUAGGAGUAGGUUUGAACUUGGGACAAGAAGUCAAUGACGAGAUUGAAAAGUCAUCAGCUUCUGAGUUACAAUUGGAAUUGAUCGCAGCUGUUUUGAGUGUAUUUGCAAGAAUGGAUUCAAUUCUUUAG